UUGGCUCAACUAGCCACCAUGACAAGAAAGAAGGUGAAGUUGGAUUACAUAACAAACGACACCGCUCGAAAAACCACUUUCAAGAAGAGAAAGAAGGGUUUGAUGAAGAAGGUGAGCGAGCUGAGCACGCUGUGUGAUAUUGACGCUUGUGCAAUCAUGUACGGCCCUAAUGAUAAUGAGCCAGAGGUGUUCCCGUCGAUGGAGGAGGUCCACCGAGUCAUAGCAAGGUUCCACAACAUGUCAGAGAUUGAGCAAACCAAGAAGAUGGUGAACCAAGAAGCGUUCCUGAGGUAUAGGAUUGGCAAGGUGAACGAGCAGGUGAAAAGACUCAAGAGAGACAACCAUGAGAAGGAGCUGAUCCAAGUCAUGUACACCAAUCUUAUAGGUAAUACCAACCUUCAAGGCUUGACUAUCCAGGAUUUGAAUGAUCUCACCUGGAUCAUUGACCAGAGCUUGAAGGACAUCAACAAGAGGAUGGAGCAAAUAGCCAAGAAUACCAAGUCUCCGUACUCGGAUGGCUAAGCCUAAGCCAGCAGCAGCCACAACUCCAGUCCUGAAUAAAAAUCUCAUUGAGGAAGGGAAUGCUAUUGCAGUUGAUGCUGCUAUGGCUAACUUCGCCAAACCUCAAAAUGAAGCUAACGACAACAACAACAAUAAU